AUCAUAAAACUACCCAACUGCAACGUCUUUAUUUUCAUUCCAACAAAAAUGGCUGCUGCUUCCGGUGCUUUACUCAACGGCUUAGGCUCUUCUUUCUUGUGCGGAGGCAAAAAGGCCCAAGCUUUGCUAGGUGUUAAUGGAAGUAGCAGAAUCAGCAAUGGCGGAUCAAGAAAGUUUGUUGUUGUUAUGGCUGCUGCCCAAGCUAAGAAAUCUUGGAUCCCUGCCGUAAAAGGCGGCCCCGGUUUCCUUGAUCCCGAGUGGCUCGAUGGCUCACUCCCAGGUGACUUUGGAUUCGACCCCAUAGGACUAGGGAAGGACCCGUCGUUCCUGAAAUGGUACAGAGAGGCGGAGCUCAUCCACGGGCGCUGGGCGAUGGCUGCAGUGCUCGGUAUCUUUGUAGGACAAGCGUGGAGUGGUAUCCCGUGGUUUGAGGCUGGGGCGGACCCUGGCGCCAUUGCGCCAUUCUCGUUCGGGUCACUAUUGGGGACUCAGCUUCUGCUGAUGGGAUGGGUGGAGAGCAAGAGAUGGGUAGAUUUCUUCAACCCGGAUUCACAAUCGGUCGAAUGGGCGACUCCAUGGUCGAAAACCGCGGAAAACUUUGCGAAUUUUACGGGAGAGCAAGGAUAUCCAGGCGGAAAAUUCUUCGACCCGUUGGGUUUCGCAGGAGAACUCAAAGACGGAGUUUACAUUCCGGAUGUCGAUAAACUUGAGAGACUCAAACUUGCAGAAAUUAAGCAUGCUAGAUUAGCUAUGCUUGCCAUGUUGAUCUUUUACUUUGAAGCUGGUCAGGGAAAAACUCCUCUUGGUGCUCUUGGCUUGUAAUUUUAAAUAUGAGUAUGUUAAUGUAGAUAUUAUCAAUUUAUUACAGAUUCUUUCUUUUAGUAAAACUAAUAAUUGCAUGAA